CUCUCACAUAACUCACAUUCACCGCUACUUUCACAAGGUAUUACAAUCAUCAUGUCGAAGGACGUAGGGAACGUUGCUCGUGGUCACAAGGCCGCCAUUAACAACCCCAAUGUUUCUGAGGAGGCGAAGGACCACUCUCGCCAAGUUCUAGAGGAGCUCGAGCAGAGCGGAGAGCUCGAAAACGCCAACACCAAUCACGAGGGGAACGUCGCUCGCGGCCACAAGGCCAAUCUGUCCAACCCUCAUACUUCCGAAGAGUCGAAACAGCGUUCAGAGCAGGUCCUGGAGGACUUGGGAGAGAAAUAAAUAGACGUUGAAUAUAAUGGGGAGAAGAAUGUAUGAUAUAAUCUGCUGCCGAGAGUAAUCGAUUGUUGUCUGCGC